GAUUAACUGAUGGCCUGUAAGUGUUUAUCAGAAUAUUUACUGAAUCAUUAUUUAAUAUGUUUAUGUUAAUUACAACAUUUCUGUUGAGUGUCCAUUUUAUUGUCAGUUUCAAUGAAUUGCAUCCUUGUUAGGUCAUUAUGGAAAAAGGAGUCACUGUGAACAGAACUGAUGCUGUGACUUACAUCCAUCCGUGCUAUGAGAUAAAUAAUUUUAGUUACAAGUUUACCACAACACCUUCUGCUGCAUGUGUGAUGUUAAACUGUUUUUUAACACUUUUAUCCGUUGCCACAGUGUGUGGAAACCUCCUUGUAAUACUAUCUGUGUUUUACUUUAAACAGCUUCACACUCCUACUAACUUCCUCAUUCUGUCUCUGGCAGUGGCUGACCUACUUGUAGGGAUCGUAGUAUUUCCUUUAAGCACUGCAUUUACAUUUAGCUCAUGUAUGUAUCAUGAAAAUGUAUACUGUAAAAUAAGAGACAGCUUUGGAAUAUACCUUUGUACAUGCUCUAUUUUACACUUAUGUUGUAUUUCUGUAGACAGAUAUUGUGCAAUUUGUCAGCCUUUAACAUAUAAAUCUAAAAUCAACCGUCAUGUUGUUGUCUUCAUGAUUACUGUAAACUGGGGUGCUUCUGCACUUAUUGGCAUUGGUAUGACAACACCAAAAUCAGAAGGAGGAUGUCAAGGAGCAUGCUCUCUUGUUGUUUUAUUGACAACCACAAUUGGAACAAUAUUGUCAUUUUACCUUCCACUUGUCAUUUUGUUGUGUGUUUAUCUGAAGAUUUUCCUUGUUGCACAGAGACAGGCACGAAUCAUACAAACUAGGAUGACAUGUGUAGCAACUGUCAGUAAGAUGGAGAGAAAAGCUACUAAAACUCUGGCUAUUAUUCUAGGAGUGUUUAUUUUAUGUUGGAGUCCUGGUCUUCUUUGUGUUUCUUUUCUGCCUUUCACCAAUAAUCCAGUACCAGUUCCUGUUAUUGAAGCACUUAUUUGCCUUGCAUUAACAAACUCAACAAUAAAUCCGUUUAUUUAUGCUUUCUUUUACAGCUGGUUCAGAUCAGCCUUUAGAAUUAUUAUGUCUGGAAAAAUAAUAAAUGGUGACUUUGCUAAUACAGAACUAAAUUAAUUAGUUUUUAUGUUUGUUAUCGUUUGUCCGAUUAUUUUUUCACAAGAAUA